AUGCGCAGUUCGGGUUUGGCCAGCAGCCGUGCCUGGCGCCGCGCCGGCCGCUGGCGGGCUGCGAUGACAUCACUUCGGCGGGAGGCGCGCGGGCGGGACGGCGCAGCCAGGCGGCGAGCGUAUCAAAAUUCCAUGGGAUCAGCCAAAAAUGCCUUAAGUGAACCUGUUGAUGUUGAGGAGGGUGUUAGUACAAUGGCUUCCUUCCAGCGUUCUAAUAGUCAUGAUAAAGUAAGGAAAAUAGUUGCAGAAGAAGGUCGGACAGCACGGAACCUAAUUGCAUGGAGUGUCCCUUUGGAGAACAAAGAGGAUGAUGGAAAGUCUAAAGGGCACAUAGGUGGAAAAUCCAAAAGAGGAAAUCAAGGAACACACAAAACUGCAAAACAGAGCACUACAGGAGAAUGUAAAGUAACAUCAGCACCAGCUGGAGAUAAAAACUUCGACAAAAGCCCAACAAAAACAAGACAGCCUCGCAAAGUUGAUCUGAGAGCUCGAUACUGGGCAUUUCUUUUUGACAAUCUUAGACGGGCCGUCGAUGAAAUCUAUGUUACUUGUGAAUCAGAUCAGAGCGUUGUAGAGUGCAAGGAAGUCCUAAUGAUGCUAGACAACUAUGUAAGAGAUUUCAAGGCAUUGAUUGACUGGAUACAACUACAGGAAAAACUAGAGAAAGCAGAUGCUCAAAGCCGACCUACUUCUUUGGCUUGGGAAGUUAAGAAGAUGUCUCCAGGACGCCAUGUAAUCCCAAGUCCAUCAACAGACAGAAUCAAUGUAACAUCAAAUGCUCGGAGAAGUUUAAAUUUUGGAAACCCAUCUGUGACAAUUGCUGCUACCCGUUUGGCUCCCUCAGGUGUAAGUUGGGCAGAUAAGGUGAAAGCCAACCAUGGAGCUAAAUCUGUUACUCCAGAACUAGCAAGUACACAGCCUUAUAUGCCAACACCAGGGCAGAAGUCAUCAAGGAGAAAUGACAGGAAGGAUGCAGAAGGAUGGGAAACAGUUCAGCGUGGAAGGCCUAUUCGAUCCCGGUCGACAGCUGUGACAACAAAAACUCCUUUGGCUAUAGAAUCAUUAAGAUCCAAGGAUGAUAGUGACAAAGAGAAUACAUGCUGCAUCCCAUCAGAGAGCAAACCAAAGAGUUUGUUCACAGGAGAUAUUGCAUCCAAAACAGUCGAGUCUCUACAGAAAGAUUCUUCACAUCAGUGUGAGCAUCCUCUUACUGAAAGGUCUCAAUUUGCUGUACGUGUACCGGAGGAUAUUAGGAAUACCAAUGCAUUUUUGCAAGAUAGUUCUUUACAUACACCUCCUGAAACACCUGCAGUUCUCACAGAUGCUGAACAUACUUCAGAAAAUCUACAGAUUGAUGAAGCUUCCUCUCUGAAUCCUGGCAGUACAGAGAAGAUUCAAACAGAGAAAGCUAAGAUUGAAAGUGAAAUGGACCCUUCAGACAUUUCAAAUGUGAGUGCUGCCAGAUUGUCUAUGGCAGAAGUCCUUGCUAAAAAAGAAGAGUUAGCAGACCGCCUAGAAAAGGCCAAUGAAGAAGCCAUAGCUAGUGCUAUUGCAGAAGAAGAGCAGCUCACUAGAGAGAUUGAAGCAGAAGAAAACAAUGACAUUAACAUUGAGACGGACAAUGAUAGUGAUUUUUCUGCUAGCAUGGGCAGCGGAAGUAUAUCUUUCUGUGGCAUGUCUAUGGACUGGAAUGAUGUCCUAGCAGAUUAUGAAGCUCGUGAAUCAUGGCGUCAGAAUAAUUCCUGGGGAGAUAUAGUAGAAGAAGAACCUGCACGUCCUCCAGGCCAUGGAAUACACAUGCAUGAGAAACUUUCUUCACCAUCUCGCAAAAGAACAAUAGCAGAAUCUAAAAAGAAACUUGAAGAGAAACAGAUGAAAGCUCAACAGCUGAGAGAAAAGUUGCGUGAAGAGAAAACACUAAAGCUUCAAAAACUGAUGGAGCGGGAGAAAGAUGUGCGAAAGUGGAAAGAGGAGUUAUUGGACCAAAGACGCAGGAUGAUGGAGGAAAAACUCCUCCAUGCGGAAUUCAAACGUGAAGUGCAGUUGCAAGCAAUUGUGAAAAAAGCACAAGAGGAAGAAGCAAAGGUGAAUGAAAUUGCAUUUAUAAACACUUUAGAAGCCCAGAAUAAGCGUCAUGAUGUGCUGAAUAAACUAAAAGAAUAUGAACAAAGGCUAAAUGAAUUACAAGAAGAGCGCCAACGAAGGCAGGAAGAAAAGCAAGCACGAGAUGAAGCUGUUCAGGAGCGUAAAAGAGCUCUGGAAGCAGAACGCCAAGCACGGGUCGAAGAGCUGCUGAUGAAGAGGAGAGAACAAGAAGCUCGAAUUGAGCAGCAGCGGCAAGAAAAAGAGAAAGCACGGGAAGAUGCAGCACGAGAAAGGGCCAGAGACCGAGAGGAGAGGCUGGCAGCUCUCACUGCAGCUCAACAAGAAGCCAUGGAAGAGCUACAGAAGAAGAUUCAGUUAAAGCAUGAUGAAAGCAUUCGGAGGCACAUGGAACAAAUUGAACAGAGGAAAGAAAAGGCAGCUGAAUUAAGCAGUGGGAGACAUGCUAAUACUGAUUAUGCACCAAAACUUACCCCAUAUGAGCGGAAAAAGCAGUGUUCACUAUGCAGUGUUUUGAUUUCCUCAGAGGUGUAUCUUUUUAGUCAUAUUAAGGGAAAAAAACACCAACAAGCAGUGAGAGAAAAUAGUAGCAUCCAAGGACGUGAACUUUCAGAUGAAGAAGUGGAACACCUGUCAUUGAAGAAGUACAUUGUUGAUAUUGUGGUUGAAAACUCUGUUCCAGCAGAACCUGUAAAAGAUGGAGAGGAAAAGCAAAAAACUAAAAAGAAAGCCAAGAAGCUAAAAGCACGGAUGAACUCUAGGGCUAAGGAAUAUGAAAGUUUAAUGGAAGCAAAGAAUCCCACCUCUGACUCGCCAUACAAAGCGAAGCUGCAGCGAUUAUCAAAAGAUCUUCUAAAGCAGCUUCAAGUACAAGAUAGCAGCUCAUUGGCAAACAACAAGGUUUCUGCUCUAGACAGGACUUUGGGAGAGAUCUCUCGUAUUCUGGAAAAAGAGAACAUGGCAGAUCAGAUCUCAUUUCGGGUCGCAGGAGGACUGACAGCUCUUGAACACAUUCUUCAGAUAGUGAUGUCUUCUACAAAUCUGAAUGCAGUUUCACGGAUUCCUGUUAAGUCACUCUGCAAUACAGUACAUGCUUACAACCUGACCUGCAGUAAUUGUAUAGAAAACUGCACCUAUAUUCUUUUUAGUAACAAGAUAACUUUUUUAAUGGACCUGUUGAUGCAUCAGUUAAUGGUUUAUGUUCCAGAUGAGUUUAAUGCCAUAUUAGGAAGAAGUGCAAAUAAGCAAGUAUUUGAAGGUUUAACAACAGGACUUCUUAGGAUCACUACUGUAGUUUUUGAAUGCCUGAUCUCUACUCUACCAGAUGGGAACAACCAGUCUGCCUUACCAAAAAUAAUACAGGAUGUGAAAAACAAACCUUCACAAGUUGAGGCUUUUAACAGCAGAAUCCAGGACCUGAUCAGUUAUGUGGUGAAUAUAGGAUUGAUAGACAAAUUAUGCUGCUGUUUCCUCUCAGUCCAAGGCCCUAUUGAUGAGAAUCCCAAAAUAGCUACUUUUCUGCAAAAUGCUACAGCAGUUUUACAUGGAAUGUGUCGACUGUGCUUUGCUGUUAAUGGAAGGUCUUGGAACAUAUUUGACAAUACACGUCAGGAUCCCACAGGACUAACUGCAGUUCUUCAGGCUACAGAUCUGGUUGGAGUCUUGCAUAUGCUAUACUGUAUUCUUUUCCAUGGAACAAUUUCAGACUCAAAUACAGCAAGUCCUAAAGAGAGUUAUGCAGAGAACACAAUCCAGGUUGCUAUUCAGAGUUUACACUUCUUCAAUAGCUUUGCAGUUCUUGAUCUGCCAGCCUUUCAGUCUGUUGUAGGUGCCGAGGGACUUUCCCUUGCAUUCCGCCAUAUUAUCAGCUCUUUGCUGUCAUACUGUUCCCAGCACACCUGUGAAGGAUUGCUCCAUGAAGUCAUUGUUUGUGUUGGAUAUUUUACUGUAAACCACACAGAUAAUCAGGUAAUUGUACAAUCUGGUCGUCACCCCACAGUGCUGCAAAAGCUAUGCCAGUUGCCUUUCCAGUAUUUCAGUGAUCCUCGCCUAAUCAAAGUGCUCUUCCCUUCACUAUUAGCUGCUUGUUACAAUAACCUGCAGAACAAGAUCAUUCUGGAGCAGGAGAUGAGUUGUGUUUUACUUGCCACAUUUAUUCAGGACUUUGCACAGAAUUCAAGCCAAAUGGAUAACCAGUCUUCUCAACCACGGGAAAAAUUCUUCAGUUCCCACGACUAUCUUGAGCUGUCUAACAGAUUCCCUCGCCAGGCCUGGGAAGAAGCGCGGCAGUUCUUCUUGAAAAAAUAAGUGUGGUUUUGUUUUCAUUUUCAAAAAAUCUUACAUUUUAAUGUUAAGCAGUUUGUUAAGUACAUUCUUUAAGAAUCUGUUCUGGAAACAUUUUGAUAUUCUAAAUACUUAUGCUGUAGAUAUAUAUAUAAUUUGCACUAUUUAUAUCAUAAGUACAUUACUUUAAAAUGUUGUCUUGUAAUUUUGAAAAAUUUGAGUUUAUUUCAUUUCCAUACUAUGCCCUAAUUUCUGUGAUGUGGUUACUUCUUGCACUGCAAAACUGAUGAAAUUAGGUUCCAGGUAUAGAAAAUUCUAUGUUCUAUAUAUCUUGUAAUAAAAUAACUUAUUCUGUCUUUAGUGUGACUUUGUUACAAAUGUUGGUAUGGUCAAAUUUCCAUAAACAACACAAACUCAUAUAUAGAAAAAUAGGUCUUGUUGAGAUAUCCUUUGAAUUAAUCAAAAUUCUGAAGAGUUUAACCUGAUUUAACUUGGUUUAAAGUUUGUUCCUCUUUUAGAACAAGGUCAUUUGUAAUAAACUUUUUAAACCACGCACAUUUUUAAAGUUUCAGUAAGACUUCCAUAAUUGUUUUAAAAAAAGUGUGUUUCAUCUUGUUACUGUUAAUAUGGUGAGUUUUCAUGAAGCUUAUAUCAAGUAAUAUUAAAAUAUAUAAUUACA